AUACUCUAUACAUUAAUUAAGCUUUCAUAUUAAUUCCAUAACUCCAGAAAAAAUGAAGAUGAGGCCAAACUUCUUUCUUCUGAUCCCAUGCUUUCUAGUAGCCUUCUACCAUCUCUCUCUCCCACUUCUCUUUUUUAUUUCUCUUUUAUCUCUCCUUCCCUUGUUUGUUAACCUAUGGUUAAUCCCGGGUGGGUUUGCAUGGAGAAACCCCGACUUAAACCCUAGUAAGAUCCCUGGUCCGGCUGGUUUGCCUUUCCUGGGGAUCUUACCUAUAAUGGGUUCUCAUGCUCAUCGAAAACUAGCCUUUCUAGCUAGUUCCAUGGGUGCAACUCGUCUUAUGGCGUUUAGCCUGGGUGCAACUCGUGUUGUUAUUACUAGUCACCCAGAGAUUGCUAAGGAAAUCUUGUGUGGUAGUGCCUUUUCAGACCGUCCGGUAAAGGAAUCAGCCAAGUUAUUGAUGUUUGAACGAGCCAUUGGAUUUGCACCAUCGGGGAAGUAUUGGAGACAUCUGAGGAGGAUCGCGACAAACCACAUGUUCUCGCCGAAAAGGGUUUUGAGCCUGGAGGGUCUUAGACAACGGGUGUGCGAUGAAAUGGUGGGAAACGUGUCGAAGGAGAUGGGGGAGAAAAAGAUGGUGGAGAUAAGAGGGAUAUUGCAAAGAGGGUCUUUGAGAAAUGUUAUGGAGAGUGUGUUUGGGAAUGGGUUAGGGUUCGAAAAAGAAGAAGCAUUAGGAGUUAUGGUGAAAGAAGGGUAUGAGUUGAUAGGUGAGUUUCAUUGGGGGGAUUAUUUUCCAAUUAGGGUUUUGGACUUUAAUGGGGUCAAGAGGAGGUGUCAUAAGUUGACUUUGAAGGUCAAAGGUGUCGUAGGUCAAAUUGUUGAGGAAAGAAGAAGAGAUGGUGGUGGUAUUAAUAUUGGCAGGAAUGACUUUCUUAGUCUAUUGCUGUCUUUGCCUACAGAAGAUCAACUGAGUGAUGCUGAUAUGGUGGCUGUUCUGUGGGAGAUGAUCUUUCGAGGAACCGAUACAGUUGCCAUUCUUCUGGAAUGGAUCAUGGCAAGAAUGGUUUUACACCAAGACAUUCAAGCAAAGGCUCAAGAAGAGAUCGAAAAGCAGGUAGGGAAUCAUAGGCAUGUUCAAGACUCAGAUAUCCCGAAUCUUGUUUAUCUUCAAGCCAUUGUCAAAGAAGUCCUGCGGUUGCACCCACCCGGACCGUUACUUUCCUGGGCUCGUCUUGCUACUCAUGAUGUUCACUUAGGUAAGUUCAUGGUCCCAGCCGGAACCACAGCCAUGGUCAACAUGUGGGCUAUCACACACGACCCAACCAUAUGGAAAAACCCAUGGAAGUUCAGGCCCGAAAGGUUCAUGGAAGAGGAUGUUCCAAUUAUGGGUUCGGACCUUAGGCUCGCACCAUUUGGUUCUGGUCGUAGGGUUUGCCCGGGGAAGUCACUAGGGCUAGCCACGGUUCAGUUGUGGCUAGCUCGACUUCUCCAGCAAUACAAGUGGGUUCCUGCAACUGCAAAGCAGGUAGACCUUUCGGAGUGCCUAAAGCUAUCUCUUGAGCUCAAGAACCCACUCGCUUGUCGUGCCAUUGUACGGUAGAUCAGAACGUACGUACACUUAUAUAUAAUUCUACGUACUAUUGUUAAGGAACUUAAAAUAUUUCCUUUAAAUACGUAAAUAAGUUGCAUGCCGUACUUGUGGCUCGUACGAAUGUACGUAGGUUGUUCGAUAUCAACGCUUUCUCUAUAUAUGGUGCAUAUAUAUAUAUGUAUGUAUGUAUAUAUGUAUCUCAAUAAUUAGAAGUUGUAUGUGUACACAUGCAUGGGGUUUGAAUAACUAGAAUUGGUUCUAAUUAAGUGCUUAGAUGAUUAAUCUGU